GUUAGUUUUGUUACGUUUGUGUCACCAUAUUAUCGCAACUUUUAACAUGUUAUUAAAUUGUAUACAAACGCAACAACUUCUGUAAAACUUAUGGAGUGAACAAAACUUAACCACUUUAUGCCUAUCGUGUAGAUAAUCAAUGGUUAAGCGGUAAUUAAGACACCCGAUGGCCACCGAUAGUCCUGAAUACUCGCAUUUUGUGGCCGACAUCGAGUCCACCGAGAGAUCCGAUGGCAGCGACAAGUCAUGCAAACCAUUACAUUCGUUGGCCAACGCUUUUACGGGUUUAGUGGCCAUUAAUCGCACACAUAUUAUCAAUGGUGGCCAUCAGAAGGCAGCUGAUCCCAAACGUACCCCAGUGUCCGCCACCCCUCAUCACAAGCCCAUCCGAUGGCUUCACACUCGCACUCGUGUCCAUAGGUUUCUUCAGGAGCCCAACGGCCCCGUCGGCCGCGGCUAUCACAUCACAAUCACACUCCUGGUCCUCAUGUGUCUCCUUUUGACAAUACUCUGCUCUUUCACCGAGCUGCCAAUUGAGCUAAACGUUGUCCUCUAUGUCGUGGAUAUGCUAUUACUGGUGAUCUUUGCGGCCGAGUAUUUGGUACGGAUGUGGGCCUCGAGUUGUGUUUCCCACUACCGGGGACUGCGAGGCAAAGGCCGGUUUGUGGUGAACCCGUUCCGUGUGUUGGACCUGAUAGUGAUCGCCUCAUCGGUGGUCAUAAUUGUUAUCAAUUUGGAAAACGGCUUUAUGUCGCCCACUCUUAAUGGGGUCCGAUUUUUUCAGACAUUCAAACUCAUUAGACUCGAGCACCAGUUCAAGCCCUGGCGGGUCAUGGCUUCGGUCAUAUGGGCUCAGAGAGAACAGGUCUAUAUCACCACUUAUUGCUCAUUCCUGGCACUCGUGUUCACAUCAUUUCUCAUAUAUUUUGUGGAAAAGGAUGCAAACCCUAUGUUUAGUAAUCUGGGACAGGGUUUGUGGUAUACGGUGUGCACUCUCACCACUAUUGGUUACGGCGAUAUAUACCCGAUCACAUGGUUUGGUAAAGUGUUGUCCAGUGUUUGUAUAAUAAUAGGCGUAUCGGUGUUCGCACUGCCGGCCGGCAUAUUGGGUACGGGACUCGCCUUAAAGGUUCAGGACCAGCAACGACAGCGACAACGGCGCAAACGUCUUAUACCGGCGGUAAAACUAAUCCAAACUCGAUGGAGAUGUCAUCACUUUCACAAAUACCCGCUAAAUCCGGCCGCAAACCCGACCACAACAUCGCUGUCCUCAUCCAAAAUGUCGGUCAAAAAUGUCCGCAAAAAAGAGUUCAAUAAACUCGAGAAGAUUUGUAUGCGUUUUGUAUUGAAAGUGAAGUUUUUGGCGGCGAAGAGACAAUUCACGCAAUCAUUAAAGCCAUACGACGUGAAGGAUGUGUUGGAACAGUACUCUUCAGGUCAUACGGAAAUGUUGGCCAAAGUUAAGCAAAUCUAUAACAGAGUCUCUGGUAUUGAAAGUAUGGCUGAGAAUGGCUUCAAAUGUCAACUCGAGUCCAAAAAUGUGUUAAUCUAUCGCUUGUCUAAAGUGGAGGACGGCUUACGAGACACUCAAAACACAUUGAAUCAAAUUCUUAACAUUCAAACAGAAAAUAAGGUCUUAUAUGAGAAUAUUCUUGAGUUUCUGGAGAAUAACGCUUCCAAAUAGUGAUCGACAAUCAUAUAUGGCAUACAUUCCUAUUAUUUAUGAUAUUUCUAUACAAAUAAUUUUACAUUGAAUUACAAAAAUUCAUUUUUUCCAAAAAU